AUGCACAGCACGCUGCUCCAGCCUGUAAAGCGGAGCCAGGCCGCGGGUGGAGACGGAGGCGGCUUCGGAGGAGGAGGAGGUGGUGGAGGAGGUGGUGGUGGAGGAGGACCCGGAGCACGAAGCGCUGAGAUGGAGGCCAAAAUCCAAAAGGCGAUCGACUUCAAGCUGGAGGGUCACCGCUGCUACAAGGAGAAGAAAUUCCGCGAAGCCAUCGGCAAGUACCACCGCGCGCUGCUGCAGCUGAAAGGCGUGCAGGUGGCAGCGGGCGGCGGCGGCGGUAGCGGCGGAGACGGAGACGUGGAGCUCCUGAACCGAGCCGCCGCCGAACAGCUCUCUGAGGAGCAGCGGCGCGCCGUCAGGAGCACCGAGAUCGAGUGUUAUGACAGCCUGACAGCGUGCUUGCUUCAGUCAGAGCUGGUGAAUUACGAAAGAGUCAAGGAGUAUUGUUUGAAGGUCCUCGGUCAUCAGCAGGAUCAUUUCAAAGCCAUGUACCGUGCCGGCAUCGCCUUCUACCAUCUGGGAGACUACGAUUGCGCCCUGCGCUACCUUCGCGAUGCCAAGAGCCGUGAACCCACAGACACAAACGUGUUGCGAUACAUCCAGCUGACGGAGAUGAAGAUGAGUAAGAGUGGUCAGCAAGUGCGGGAAAGCAACAAAGAGUCUCUGGGUUAAUCUCUGCCCAUUCCUCUGUUCAUUUGGCCAUCCUUUCCACAAAUCUCUCCCUCCUUUUCCCUCGACACCCCUCGUACUCUGGACUACCAGGACCCCUGUACUGUGCCCUUUAGUGAAGAUGGACUGCUUUUGGCACAGAAGCCCUUCGACUCGCCCUCCCACUCUGAAUCCUCUCUGUCCCUUUAAAACCAAACCGCCCCGGUGCUUUCAGUUUCCCAGGUACUGACAGGGAAAAAAAACAAAACAAAAAAACACGACAAAGCAACAAAAAUCACUGAAAAUCUGUAGGAAAAUUCACACGGACCUGAUAAAGGACCUUAUAUAUUAUUGGGGAGGUGAACGAGCAGUGAAGUGUAGCUGUAGAGAGGUGGAGGUGUAUUACUGUGUGGCCAUCAUCUUUAACUAUAAAAGAGCACACAUAUCAAAGCCACAGUGCUGCGCCAGAACAAAUGCUACUAAAUAGGGCCUAGGAUUAAGCAGAUGACCUUUGAACUCAAGCGCACUACAUCACACAUCUCCUUCUUCCUGGCUGAAGGGAGCAGGAGAGAAAAUGCAAUUCUGCAAUUCUGUCUCGCCGGAUACUACUGAUCUCUUUGCCUGCGUUUUGAUUUAUUCCUGGUUGUAUUUAUGUUCUCUUUCUCAAAUUUGGCUGUAUUUAUUCUUUUUUGAACAGUUUCAAUUCAAGGGCUAAUUCUAAGGUUUGUAAUUCGUCCUUUGAUU